GCAAGUUGCGCAUUACAUCAAUGGUGGCUCGACGUCGACGACUUUAUCCUAACUUUAAACCUCACCCGACAUUGUCACGAAUUUUAGUUCUUAUUAUACGACCGAGGGCAUCGAGGGACUUAGUAUACUUAACAUAAAGCCUACCUAACACUGCUCUUAAUAAGCUUCCUCCCAAUUCGGCCAUAAAUUAAGAACCGUUGAUAGCUACGGUCUAUAUACUACAUACUAGCUCACUCAAUACGUCUUGAGGAUCUUUUUAAUCCGUCGAAUCUCAAUUGUGCUUCUUAAGGGAGAUCAUAUACGUCCACGAUGGCGGCCAACAUACCCCAGAAACUAAAACAGGCGGGCAUCACGCCCUUCAUCGUGCGCGCUACGCAACUCGAAGCCGCGAAACCUGUUAUAGCUUAUUGGUGCUUCUACUGGGCUGUAAAUCAGAUCCUUGGUAAAAACUUACACUCCGCCGACGAAGAAUGCCACCUUUUUACUACGAAUCUUAUGGAGAAACUCGAGAAUAUUAAGGAAGAUCAGGCAGGAAACGAUGCGAUCCAUGACGAUGUAGCUGGUCAAGCGUACGUAGAGCAGUUUGCGCAAGAGACCUUCGAGAGAGCGCUGCGACCGUUGAAAGCCAACAAAGUCACACAGCAGACGGCGAGCACAUUCGAGGCCGCAGCGACGUUCUUCCAAUUAAUUAACAUCUGGGCAACGCCCGACCCCGAGACGCAAGAGAAGGUCAAGUACGCAAAGUGGAAUGCCGCCCGCAUACUGAAGGCUGUCAAAGAGGGAAGAGAUCCCAACGAGUCAAAUCCGAAACAGGAAGAGGUUCAGCAUGAAGAGGUGCCGCCGGCACUAGACCCGAACGACCCAGAAGUGCAGAUGCUUGGAGGUACACAUCCCAAACCAGUGAGCAUAGAGGACGAGCCCGACGAAGAUGGUAGACCACAUCCAACAUCGACCGGAUCUUAUCAAACCUUCCCUGCGCCUGUAUCUGCGCCGACUUCACCUCCAGCUCCAUCAGCAUUAGGGCCCGAGCAAGUGUCUCCUAUAGCGCCUCCCGGUCCGCCUACGUCAGACCCAGGAAACUAUUUCGCCAGUGCCCCAGAUGACUUAAAUCUACCAUCCACAACGAAUAUGCCCCUUCCAGGCUCGAGUACCUUCAAUCCUCCAGGAGCUCCCCCCGUAAUACCCAGUCCUAGUUCUCACGAUCCAGCCGGAUUACCUCCUGCUCCCUUUUCGCCACCAGACGCGGCCUCAACGCCCCAAGACUUCUAUCGCCAUACACCUAGACCGCCACAGAGACAGGUCCCUCCCCAGGCACCCCCAGCUAGACGGAAUUACUUUUCACAGCCUUCACAGCCGGUAGCCCCGGCGCAGCACUACGGCGGUAACAGUGGGUCCUCGAAUGCGCUGAAUACUGACGACAUGGCGAUCGUGCAAGCACAGAAGCACGCCAAGUGGGCAAUUUCAGCGCUGAAUUUCGAGGACGUGCCAACGGCAGUGAGAGAGCUGCAGGCGGCGCUGGCUACAUUAGGAGCGCGAUAGUUAUAGCAUGAAAUUUUAUGAUGCGAUUGAUACCUCAGUACUUACAUGGUUGAAGUGUUUCCAGUGGAGACUAAUGGAGAAUUGAUAAAAUUAUGUUAUCAUGCUAUGUGUUAUGUCGGCUUAUGCCAACGUUAUUAGAUAUAUACAUGAGUCCUACUUAAGACUGGCGUCAUUGUCUAAGAAUAAGUAAUUGACUAAGAGCAUAAUAGUAGCGGUGUUGGAGCGUAUUUACGGGGAGGUAUUUAGAUCAAGAUAAAGGCCUCUUACGUUCACUUUGUCUUGAUCGAUUAAAUCCUAUAUCCGAAAAAUAAAUAAAAAAAUAAAAAA